UCCUUUGCUAUGAAUUACUUGUUAUGGCUGCAGUAUAUUCCAAAGAUACAAGAGGUGAGAAGUAAACCAAAAAGUAUUGUGUGGAUAAUAACAGCACAGAUGGAGUUCAGUUUAAUCUCUUUUCAAUGUACUUGGGAUAUAAAAAUAAUCGAUGGUGCUCUUUCCUUCAUGAUGCAUUCCACUGCUCUACCAGAGUUCAGAUCAUUUGCUGGGAAACAAAACCCUUUUCGUGCAAAGGGAGAUGGAUUUAUCAGACAGUUCUGGCAAGAAGCCUUUAACUGUGUAUUCCCAAAUGUUGUUAUGAGUGAUGUGCCUGAGAAUAUUUGCAGUGGUACAGAGGAUUUGGAAAGCCUUCCUGGGACUCUUUUUGAAAUGGAUAUGACUGGCCACAGCUACAGCAUCUACAAUGCUGUUCAUGCCAUAGCUCAUGCUUUACAUGCUCUUUUGUCCUCUAGAAAUACUGAGAGAUCAAUGGUGGGUAGAGUAGAAAGAAACAUUUAUCAUCAAGACUUCUGGCAGUUCCAAUAUUUUUUGAGAAGUGUUGCUUUCAACAACACUGCUGGGGAACAGGUCUCCUUUGAUCAGAAUGGGAUUGUAGCAGCUGGAUUUGAUAUUAUCAACAUGAUAGCUUUCCCGAACAAUUCAUUUCUUCAUGUGAAAGUUGGAAAUGUGGACCAUUCAGCUCCUCCGGAUAAAAUAUUAACCAUCAAUGAUGAGAUGAUAACAUGGCACAGCUGGUUUAACCAGGUGAUACCCGUUUCUGUCUGCAGUAAGAGCUGUUAUCCUGGUUUCAGCAAAAAAGUGAAGGAGGGAGAGCCAUUUUGCUGUUAUGACUGCAUCCAAUGUCCAGAAGGGAGGGUUUCCACUGAGAAUGAUAGAAAUGAAUGCUCUAGAUGCAAAGACAAAUUCUAUCCAAACAAGAAACAUGAUUUUUGUAUUCCCAAAAGUAUUAGUUUCUUGUCUUAUGAAGAACCAUUAGGGAUCAGUUUAGCCUGCCUUGCACAUUCUUUUUCUUUGUCCACUGUUCUUGUGUUUGGAGUAUUUAUGAAGCACCACAACACUCCGAUUGUCAUAGCCAACAACCGGGACCUCACCUAUACACUCCUCAUUGCUCUGCUGCUCUGUUUCCUUUCGGCACUGCUCUUCAUUGGCCAACCAGGAAGAUUUACCUGUCUAUUCCGACAAACUGUUUUUGGCAUAGUCUUUUCAGUGGCUGUUUCUUCUGUCUUGGCAAAAACCAUCACAGUGGUUCUGGCUUUUAUGGCCACCAAACCAGGAUCCAGAAUGAGAAAAUGGAUUGGGAAAAAAUUAACUAAUUCCAUUGUUGUUAGCUGCUCCCUGAUCCAAGCCAGCAUUUGUAUAUUCUGGCUGUCAAUUAACCCUCCAUUCCCAGAUGUUGAUAUGACCUCAGUGACUGAAGAAAUUAUCCUGCAAUGUAAUGAAGGCUCUGUGACCAUGUUUUAUUGUGUCCUUGGCUAUCUGGGUUUCCUGGCUCUUAUCAGCUUCAUCACAGCUUUUCUUGCCAGGAAAUUACCUGACAGUUUCAAUGAAGCCAAAUUCAUCACCUUCAGCAUGUUAGUCUUUUGUAGUGUUUGGUUGACCUUUGUCCCGGCAUACCUGAGCUCCAAAGGGAAAUACAUGGUGGCUGUAGAGAUCUUUUCCAUCUUUGCUUCAGGUGCUGGGCUUCUGGGCUGCAUCUUUUUCCCCAAAUGUUAUAUCAUUGUGUUUUGGCCAGACUUGAACAACAAGGAACAACUAAUGAGAAAAAAGAGUGAUUAA